AUGGAGUUCGCCAUGCCCCUCGAAGAGCGUCUGUCGCUCCGUCAAGAACUCAUAGAGUCAGACGAUAAGUUCAUUCUCGACCUUCCCAAGGUUGAACUCCACGUCCAUAUCGAGGGCACUCUGACCCCCGAACUUCGCUGGAAACUGGCCAAGCGCAAUAACCAGACCCUCAAGCUCGAGCGCACUGGAACUGUGUACACCAAUCUUGAGCAGCUCAGAGCCUCGUACUACAUCAUGGAGGCCCGACCAGGUCAUCAGAUUGACAACGCCGAAGAGAGCUUCACGUUCUUCGAGGCUUACUACGGAGGAUUUGAAGUUCUUGUUACUGAAGAGGACUUUUAUGACCUUGCCAUGAAUUAUUUUGAGCAUGUUGCGGGUAUGAAUGUGAGGUACUGUGAGCCGUUCUUUGAUCCGCAGGGUCAUACGCGCCGUGGAGUGGCGUUCAAGACUAUGAUGGAUGGCUUCCGUCGGGCACAGGAGGAGGCUGAUGUAAGGCUGGAUGUCAAAUCGAAGUGGAUCAUGUGCUUUUUGCGUGACAUGUCGCCAGAGUCAGCUAUGGAGACCUACGACGCUGUCUUUCCCUACCGCGAUAUGGUCGUCGGAAUCGGUCUUGACUCAGAUGAAAAUGAUAGGCCUCCUCUGAUGUUCGAAGAUAUAUACAAAAAGGCCAGGAAGGACGGCUUUCGCAUCACUGCGCACUGCGAUGUCGGCAACAAAGACGCAUUUAAACACAUCCGCCAAGUCGUCCAUGACCUCGGUGAGACUGGCGCCGACCGUCUAGACCACGGCAUCAACGCCGCACAAGAUCCCGAAAUCAUGCGUCGCAUCAAAGAAAGAGGCAUUGGAAUGACCCUCACACCAUGGGGAUACCUUCGCCAUGAGCCAGUCGACGAGAUAUUCCCUAGAAUUCGUACCUUGUUCGACUCUGACAUUCCGAUUGCUAUUGGAAGUGAUGAUCCAGCUUAUAUGGAAGAUACGUGGAUCUUGCAUGAUUGGCUCCUGGUCAAGAAAAUGUGCGGGUUCAGUAAUAAUAACAUGGCGAAGUUGGCCAGGAGUGCUAUUGAUAUGUGCUGGGCUGAAGAUGAGGUGAAGGAGGAAAUGAGAAAGGAGCUUGAGGAAGUUGUGGCGAAGUACUCAAUAUGA